AUGAGACCUGGCUCGUGGAAGGGGGUUGGCGUGGAGAACACGGCAGCCAUGCCAUCAUGUGAAUUUUCCUUCUCUGUGCUCAAUACCGGUGCGGGGAUCCACCAAUUUCAUGUCUGCGACCCCUCCAUGAUGGGGAUAGGAAAGGCUCGUUACAGAACGAGGCUUUGUCUCACUCCGAUCAAGAAGGAGCGCCUGGAUCUGCCGUUCCUUUACGCCUUGUUCAGGACCUACUUCGUGCGCCACCGCUGUCACAGCUGUGCCCAGCUCUACGAAGUGCUCCUUCCACUGCUGGAAGCCGACGAGAGCGCGGAUGCAUGGCCAAGCACCCCACAGCGUGCGGGCACCUGCUAUGCGAAGUGCAUCUUCCUGACGCUGCGCGUUCUGCUGGGGCAUUUUGGUCUCGGCAGGGAUGCUCUGAAGAAGUGGAUGCUGAACUUCCGCAUCGGCUACCUGGAGAAGAUGGUUUCGGACUUGCAGCAGUCCUGCCACAAGCUUACCAUCAGCGAUCGGAUCAUUCUGACCGUGGCCUUGAAGCAAGUCGCUCGCCGCUGCGCGCGCGAGGCCUACGCCAUGGUGGCCAGGGGCCGAGUCCACGUGUGCUUGCAGAAGAUCUGGUUGGCGGCGCCGCCCAUGCCCUGGCUUGGCUACUUCACUGCCAAGAUGGAAGCAAAGGAGCCAGCCCUGCAGCUCCCCAAGUCCAGCUCUGGCUCUGGAUUUCAAGGUUUCCAGCUCCUGGUGGCAAGUGCUUUGAUCCCUCCGGAAGUGCGGAACGCCUUUGCCGGGCCUUCUGCUACGAAGUCCACGAACCCGCACGUGGACCUCACGGGCAUCGCGUCGGCGAGUGCCUCCGGCCCAAGUCUCGAUGCCGUGCUCCAGGCGGCCUUGAUGUGCGAUCGGCUGGAGGAGGUCCUUGGUUGCUCUCUCCGCUCGAAGCAGCUGAUUUUGGGCGUCGUGGAGUCCCUGGUCUUCUGGGAGGGGCAGAGCCUCUGGCAGAAGGAUCUCGGCGAGCUGAAGCUUGCACAGGGCCGAGAGGUACUGGCCGCCAUCCAUCGUCUCGGAGCCCACUACUUGGCGGGCGCUCGCUCGGGCUUCUUGGGCCGCUGCGGGAGCUCCACGGGUUUGUUGGUCCUCGCGAGCCUCUUGGAGCUCUUCGAGCGGGUUUUGAUGGCCACCGACACCAAACUGGCGAAGGCUGCGAAGGACUCGGCGCUUUGGACCUUGCGGCCCUGGCAGAAGGAUGGCCACCCGCCAACUUUUGCGGAUCUGACGGCCUGGAUGCCCAUGACCAGCCCUGCCAUGCUGGAGGUUCGGAAUCGGCUUUGCCGGCACCAGAGCGCCGCGGCCAGGUCGGCCGGCCCGGGCGAGAGCUUGCUCCGCAUGGAGGAUCCCUCGGUGAUUUUGUUCGGGCCCCCGGAGCACCAGGGCAGCGAGCUCUCCUCGGCGGAGGCGGUCGGCUGCGGCAAGGCUUUUGGUGAGCUGGUGAGCAAGCUCGUGUCUGCUUUGGGCUUGAAGGGCAUGCCCACACUGCCAGCGGUGGAGCGGCCUUACCAGGACUGGGAGGUCCAAGUGGCCUGGGCCUUCGACCCGAACUUGGAGGCCGCCUGCCCGGAAUGGGCUCAGGCCCGGGACUUGACGAUCUUCUUCCAGAUGCUCUUGUCCAGCGUCCCGGCCCUGUCCCAGUCACUCGAGGGACAGGGCGUCUCACCGGCCGGGGAUGCGGCGCUCUCUGCGAGCAGCGUGGCAGAGUGUGGCUUCAGCCUCAGCCUCUUCAACCCGCCCAGCAAGCUCACGGUGAAGGUGCUCCACAUCUGCACAAUUGCCUCGCGACAUGCCAACUUCCUCUACACGCAGCCAUCCCUGGCCCACCCGAAGGUGCUUUGCCCCUCCCUGCCUUACCUUCGCUUCGGCGGCUCCCUGGAAAACGAGAUCGCUUCAACACCACAUCUCCCGGACUUCGACUUCUCCCUGACGCAAGCACAAGCAGAGACCUUACUGAUGAUCCUGAACUGCCCUGGGCUCCGCAUCCCGAUGCUUCUCCAGUUCGUGGUCCCGAAUCAUGUGGCCCUCCUCCACCACCGGCAGUUUCAGAGGAUCUUCUUCGCCUGCCUCUUCGAGCCCGGGCUUUUUCCCAAGGAGCCUCGGGAAGAGGCAACGGCUCUGCCUCCGAAGGUCCAAAGCCUGCGAGAGGCCAAGGUUCCUUGUUUGGAGCCCAUGGCGGUCGAGUUCGGCUGGCUGAGCACGGAGAUGGCCACUUGA